CGCUCAGUCGGUUGCGCGCCGGUCGAGUGUGUGGACGGGGCGGAUUGGUGUUGGAGCGUUAUUUGGUGGUAUUUUGGUGUACCGGGCCGGGACUUUUAUGCGAGUUGCGAGGCGGCACGGCGUCCGCGGGGUGUCCUUGCACGAGGGUGCACCCUUUUAAAGGGUUCGGCAGAAGUGAGCUGUUGGUCUGAUUGACAAAAUGACGACCGACAUCUCGGUGGUGCGUGGGGGUUGGGACCCCACGCUGCAACAAGAGAUUGUCGACGAGUACGAAUACGACGGGGGAAACUCGAGUUCGAGACUUUUCGAACGUUCGCGCAUCAAGGCGCUAGCUGGUGAGCGUGAAUUAGUGCAAAAGAAGACUUUCCAGAAAUGGGUCAACUCCCACUUAGUCCGAUGUUCGUGCCGAAUCGGCGAUCUAUACGUCGAUCUGCGAGACGGCAAGAUGCUGAUAAGGCUGUUGGAGAUCUUGUCGGGUGAGCGUUUACCGCGCCCGACCAAGGGCAAGAUGCGCAUCCACUGCCUGGAAAACGUGGAGAAGGCGCUGCAGUUUUUGCGCGAGCAGAGGGUACACCUGGAGAACAUGGGAUCCCACGACAUCGUCGACGGAAACCCGCGUCUGAGCCUCGGUCUCAUCUGGACGAUAAUUCUACGCUUCCAGAUUCAGGACAUCACGAUUGAGGAGACCGACAAUCAGGAGACCAAGUCCGCCAAGGACGCGUUAUUAUUAUGGUGUCAGAUGAAAACCGCGGGCUAUCACAACGUGAACGUGAGAAACUUUACGACGUCGUGGCGGGACGGUCUGGCGUUCAACGCGAUCAUACACAAGCACCGUCCGGAUCUGAUCCAGUUCGACAAGCUUUCCAAGUCAAACGCGAUCUACAAUCUCAACAAUGCCUUCAACGUCGCGGAGGACAAGCUCGGUCUCACGAAGCUGCUGGAUGCCGAGGACAUCUUCGUCGAUCAUCCGGAUGAAAAGUCCAUCAUAACGUACGUCGUCACGUAUUAUCACUAUUUCUCCAAGAUGAAACAAGAAACCGUGCAAGGUAAAAGGAUCGGCAAAGUGGUCGGUAUCGCGAUGGAGAACGAUCGUAUGAUACACGAAUACGAGAGUCUCACCAGCGAUCUCCUGCGCUGGAUCGAAGCCACGAUAGAGGCGCUCGGCGAUCGUAGGUUCGCGAAUUCUCUGGUAGGCGUCCAGUCGCAGCUUUCGCAAUUCUCGAAUUAUCGCACGGUAGAGAAACCGCCCAAGUUUGUGGAAAAAGGUAAUCUCGAGGUGCUACUGUUCACUUUACAAUCGAAGAUGCGCGCAAACAACCAGAAGCCCUAUACGCCCAAAGAGGGCAAAAUGAUAUCCGACAUCAAUAAGGCAUGGGAGAGAUUGGAGAAGGCUGAACACGAACGGGAAUUGGCCCUGCGCGAGGAACUGAUUCGGCAAGAGAAGUUGGAGCAGUUAGCAGCCAGAUUUAACCGUAAGGCCAGCAUGCGCGAGACAUGGUUGUCGGAGAAUCAGCGAUUGGUGUCGCAGGAUAACUUCGGUUUCGAUCUCGCCGCCGUGGAAGCCGCCGCGAAGAAGCACGAGGCUAUAGAGACUGAUAUCUUCGCCUACGAGGAACGUGUGCAGGCCGUCAUGGCGGUCUCGCAGGAGCUCGAGGCGGAGAACUAUCACGACAUCGAACGUAUCAACGCUCGCAAGGACAACGUGCUGCGACUAUGGAACUAUCUUCUGGAAUUGUUGCGCGCCAGGCGCAUGCGGCUGGAACUCUCCUUGCAGCUGCAGCAGAACUUCCAGGAAAUGUUAUACAUAUUAGACAGCAUGGAGGAGAUCAAGUUGCGACUGUUGACGGAUGAUUAUGGCAAACAUCUGAUGGGCGUGGAAGAUCUGUUGCAAAAGCACUCUCUCGUCGAAGCAGAUAUCAAUGUGCUCGGCGAAAGAGUGAAGGCCGUCGUUCAGCAGAGCCAGAGAUUCCUAGAGCAUGGAGAAGGCUAUCGACCGUGCGAUCCGGCCAUCAUCGUCGAGCGCGUGCAACAACUGGAGAACGCGUACGCCGAGUUGGUGCGGUUAGCGAUCGAGCGUCGUACCAGGCUCGAGGAAUCUCGGAAACUCUGGCAGUUCUACUGGGAUAUGGCUGAUGAGGAGAACUGGAUAAAGGAGAAGGAACAGAUCGUAUCCACGGGCGACAUCGGUCAUGAUUUGACCACCAUCAACCUGCUGCUGUCCAAGCACAAAGCGCUGGAGAACGAGAUACAGUCGCACGAACCGCAGCUGAUGUCUGUUGCGGCGGUCGGCGACGAGCUAGUCCGGCAGCAACACUUCGGUUCCGAUCGUAUUCAGGAGAGACUUCAGGAGAUUCUUGCUAUGUGGAAUCAUUUGCUGGAUCUGGCGGCUUUCAGGAGAAAGAGACUCGUAGAAGCGGUCGACUAUCAUCAGCUUUUCGCAGACGCGGAUGACAUAGACAUCUGGAUGUUGGAUACUUUGCGACUCGUCUCGUCGGAGGACGUCGGCAGAGACGAGGCAAAUGUGCAGUCGUUGUUGAAGAAGCACAAAGAUGUAACGGACGAGCUUAAGAACUACGCCACGACUAUCGACCAACUUCACCAACAGGCGUCCACGUUGGGCGAGCAUGACGCCAAGUCGCCGGAGGUCCUGGAGAGACUGACUUCAAUUGAUAACAGGUACAAGGAGCUCCUCGAGCUGGCCAAGUUGCGUAAGCAGAGACUGCUGGAUGCGUUAUCGUUGUACAAGGUAUUCAGCGAGACCGACGGAGUCGAACAAUGGAUCGGCGAGAAGAACAGGAUGCUGGAUACGAUGGUGCCCGCCAAGGAUAUCGAGGACGUCGAGAUCAUGAAACACCGCUACAACGGCUUCGAGAAAGAGAUGAACGCGAACGCAUCCCGCGUCGCCGUGGUUAAUCAACUGGCCAGGCAGUUGCUGCACGUUGAACAUCCGAACUCGGAACAGAUAAUCGCGCGACAAAACGAGCUGAACCAGAAGUGGGCCGAGCUGCGCGAGAAGGCGGAGGGCAAGCGCGAGGAAUUGAACUCCGCACAUGGCGUGCAGACGUUCCACAUCGAAUGUCGCGAGACCGUGUCCUGGAUCGAGGACAAAAAGCGAAUUCUGCAGCAGACCGACAGUCUGGAGAUGGAUUUGACCGGCGUGAUGACGCUGCAGCGCAGACUGAGCGGCAUGGAACGCGAUUUGGCGGCCAUUCAGGCCAAAUUGGACGCCCUGGAGAAGGAGGCGGAGAUUAUACAGAAGGAACAUCCGGAAGAGGCAGCGGUGAUACGCGAGAGAAUCACGCAGAUCCACCUGAUUUGGGAGCAGCUGACGCAGAUGCUGAAGGAGCGCGACGCCAAGCUCGAGGAGGCCGGAGAUCUGCAUCGAUUCCUGCGCGACCUCGAUCACUUCCAGACGUGGCUCACGAAAACGCAGACCGACGUUGCCAGCGAGGACACGCCGACCAGUCUCUCCGAUGCCGAGAAGCUGCUUACGCAGCAUCAGAACAUAAAGGAGGAGAUCGACAAUUACACCGACGAUUACCAGAAGAUGAUGGAGUACGGCGAGCGGUUGACAACGGAGGCCGGCGACGGUGACACCCAGUACAUGUUCCUGCGCGAGAGACUGAACGCGCUAAAGAUGGGCUGGGAAGAGUUGCAUCAGAUGUGGGUGAAUCGUCAGAACUUGUUGUCCAACUCCUUGAAUCUACAGGUGUUCGAUCGGGACGCGCGUCAAGCGGAGGUGCUUCUGUCGCAGCAGGAACACAUUCUUGCCAAGGACGAGACGCCGGCGAACUUCGAACAAGCGGAACACAUGAUCAAGCGACACGAGGCCUUCAUGACCACCAUGGACGCCAACGACGAGAAAAUCAAUUCGGUCGUGCAGUUCGCCGGACGUUUAGUCGACGAGGGACAUUUCGCGGCCGAUAAGGUGAAGAAGAAGGCCGAGAACAUCAAUGAGCGUCGGCGAAUCAAUCGCGAGAAGGCCAAUCUACUUAUGGAGAAACUCAAGGAUCAGCUCCAGUUGCAGAUGUUCCUGCAAGAUUGCGAGGAACUCGGCGAAUGGGUGCAGGAGAAACAUAUCACUGCUCAAGACGAGACGUACCGGAGCGCGAAGACUAUUCACAGCAAGUGGACUCGUCACCAGGCGUUCGAGGCAGAGAUCGCCAGCAACAAAGACCGCCUGCAGCAGUUGCAGCAAGCCGCGAACGAAUUGAUUCAACAGAAGCCGGAUCUGGCCGAGAUUAUCAAACCGAAGGUGACCGAAUUGGCUGAACAAUUCGUCGAGCUGGAGACCACGACUCACGAUAAGGGCGAGCGAUUGUUCGACUCGAACCGCGAGGUGUUGAUACAUCAGACCUGUGACGAUAUCGAUUCCUGGAUGAACGAACUGGAGAAGCAGAUAGAGAGCACCGAUACCGGUUCCGAUCUGGCAUCCGUGAAUAUACUGAUGCAGAAGCAACAGAUGAUCGAGACUCAAAUGGCGGUGAAAGCGAAACAAGUUACCGAGUUGGAUAAACAGGCGGAACAUUUGCAACGCACAGUGCCCGAUGAUAAAAUGGAGGAGAUCAAGUUUAAGAAGGAGAAAGUCGCUCAGAGGUUCGCACAGCUCAAGGAGCCGCUCAUCGAUCGUCAACGGCAUCUCGAGAAGAAGAAAGAGGCCUUCCAAUUCCGACGCGACGUCGAGGAUGAGAAGUUGUGGAUCGCAGAGAAGAUGCCUCAGGCAACUAGCUCCGAGUAUGGAAACUCACUGUUCAAUGUUCACAUGCUGAAGAAGAAGAAUCAGUCAUUGCGCACCGAAAUCGAGAAUCACGAGCCCAGGAUCAAUUUGGUAUGCAACAACGGGCAAAAGUUGAUUGACGAGAGACACGAGGACAGCCCCGAGUUCCAGAAACUGAUAUCUGAGUUGACGGAGAAGUGGCGCGAGCUGAAGGAUGCGGUUGACGAUAGAAACAAACAUCUGCUGCAAAACGAGAAAGCGCAGCAGUACUUCUUCGACGCUACCGAGGCCGAGUCAUGGAUGAGCGAACAGGAGCUGUACAUGAUGGUCGAGGAUCGCGGUAAGGACGAGAUAUCUGCUCAGAAUCUGAUGAAGAAGCACGAGUCGCUUGAACACGCGGUGGAGGAUUACGCGGAGACGAUUCGUCAACUGGGCGAGACCGCUAGGCAGCUAAUAAACGAUCAGCAUCCGUUGGCCGACCAGAUCGCCGUGAAACAGUCUCAGGUGGACAAGUUGUACGCCGGUCUGAAGGAUCUGGCGGGUGAGCGACGCGCCAAGCUGGACGAGGCGCUCCAGUUGUUCAUGCUGAACCGAGAGGUCGACGAUCUCGAGCAAUGGAUCCAGGAGAGAGAAUUGGUUGCCGGUAGUCAUGAGUUGGGUCAGGAUUACGAUCACGUGACGCUGCUGUGGGAGAGAUUCAAGGAGUUCGCGCGCGACACCGAGGCGAUCGGUUCCGAGCGAGUGGAGGCCGUGAACGGCAUCGCCGACUCGCUUAUCGCCACCGGGCAUUCCGACGCGGCGACGAUCGCUGAGUGGAAGGACGGAUUGAAUGAGGUUUGGCAGGACCUGCUCGAACUGAUCGAGACGCGCACGCAGAUGCUGGUGGCCAGUCGCGAGCUGCACAAAUUCUUCCACGACUGCAAGGACGUUCUCGGCAGAAUCCUGGAGAAACAGAACGCCAUGUCCGACGAAUUGGGUCGCGACGCCGGCUCGGUGUCCGCUCUCCAGCGUAAGCACGGCAACUUUAUUCAGGACCUGUCCACGUUGCAGAACCAGGUGACGCAGAUCGAGGAGGAGUCCGCCAAGCUUCAGGCGAGCUACGCGGGCGACAAGGCGCGGGAGAUCACGAAUCGCGAGGCCGAGGUCGUGGCAGCGUGGAACAACUUGCAAUCGUUGUGCGAGGGUAGACGAGCGAAAUUGGAGGACACCGGCGAUCUCUUCCGAUUCUUCAAUAUGGUCAGGACCUUGAUGAUCUGGAUGGACGACGUGGUGCGCCAGAUGAACACGUCCGAGAAGCCGCGCGACGUCGCUGGCGUCGAAUUGCUGAUGAACAACCAUCAGAGCUUGAAGGCGGAGAUCGACGCCAGGGAGGAUAAUCUAAUGGCGUGCAUUAAUCUCGGAAAAGAUCUAUUAGCUAGGAAUCAUUACGCCAGCGUGCAGAUAAAGGAGAAACUAGCGGCGUUGACCGAUCACAGGAAUGCACUGUUACACCGGUGGGAGGAACGUUGGGAGAACCUGCAGCUCAUUUUGGAAGUUUACCAAUUUGCCCGAGACGCGGCGGUUGCUGAAGCCUGGUUAAUCGCUCAAGAGCCAUAUCUUAUGAGUCAGGAGCUUGGUCAUACUAUCGACGAAGUUGAGAAUUUAAUCAAGAAACACGAGGCUUUCGAAAAAUCAGCAGCUGCACAAGAAGAAAGGUUUAGUGCCUUGCACCGACUUACUACUUUCGAAUUGAAAGAACUAAAACGACGAGAACAGGAGAGAGAGGAGGAAGAAAGACGCAAGAAGGAGGAGGUGGCAGCGGCGGAGGCCGCACGUUUGGCCAAAGCGACGCCUGUUACUAGUCCGGACGAACCACCUAGCGAAAGAGCUGAAACUGACGGGGCAACAAGCGGAGAACGCGGUGACGACGAGGGACACGCAGCACAUCGCAAGGCUUCCACACGUACACCACAGCCUCAAGACAAAUCCAAGGAAGUGCAUGCACAAAGACCUAGACAGCUGUCUUUCCGGGAGGGAGGUGGGACCUCGCCUGUCACGCCGACAUCGGUGAAACCUCCGCCGCAUGGUGCCCGCACGCCGACAACUCCGAAAGGAAGUGGCUCCGAGGCUGCGAGGCGUAAGGAACGGAGUCGCAGCAAGUCGCCGUUCAGGAGCUUCCGCUGGAGAAAGUCCGCUAAGUCGCCGAGUUUAGAUCGCAGUGGCGUGAGUGAUGAUGAGCACAGUAUUCCCGAGCCACGAAGUCCGAGCGACGAUGAGUUCGAGGGCCCGUUGCAGCGGAAGCACGAGUGGGAAAGCACGACGAAGAAAGCGUCCAAUCGCUCCUGGGACAAGGUGUACAUGGUCAUACGCGGGCAGAGCUUAUGUGUAUAUAAAGAUCAGAAGUCGUACAAAGCUUCGCCCGAUCAACCGUACAAGGGAGAGGCUCCUCUUGACUUACGAGGCGCGACUAUUACCGUAGCGAGUGAUUACACUAAGAAGAAACAUGUCUUCCGAGUCAAGUCGCAAAGCGGAUCCGACUUCCUGUUCCAGGCCAAAGAUGAUACCGAGAUGAACGAUUGGGUGUCCGCGUUAAAUCAAGCGGCACAGGGAACAUCGGGUGCAAGCACAUCCAGGGCUCACACCUUGCCAGCCCCGACACAAGCCGAAACUAAGCGGCGUAGUUUCUUCACUCUCAAGAAAAACUAAACUGGAGCAGUGAAGUACGGUGUAAAGCCGCUCGUAAUGCGUCUGCACAACAUCGUGUUUAUGAGAAAUGUUUCGUCGCUCUACAUGGUUAAAGCAACGCUAAUAUAAAAUUAGAAGACAUGGCCAUGGUGUUAUGAAAUGAAUUGAAGGACGGAUUGAACGGGUCUUUGAAAACGCCUACUUUCGAAGAACGGAGAUAUUUAACGGUUAUAUGUUGACCUUUGCAAGCGUAGGCUAUUGAAAGUCUAAUUAAAUUUAGUUCUUCAAUAAAUUUUUGGACACUUUGCAAUACUGCUAGUUGAAGAACAAGCGACAUUUUCGAUGUCCCACGUUAGCGUGAUCAGACUUUUGACACGGGAUUUAAUUCUAUUUACAUUUUGCGUAUGUAUUGUCACGCAUUAAAAUGCACCAUCAUUUUCUUGUCACGGAAACGACGAAACGAAUGAUGUCUUCUUCGUGGUACAAAGUAUUUUAUAAGUUGCUGCGAUGUUUUUAUACUUCAGCAAUCAUUUUUAAGAACGUUAUACGAUAGAAGACGAGCGCGAUCUUGUUGAGUCCGCAAAGAAUGUGGUUUGGAGGAGAUAUAUCUUAGUCAUGACUUACGAUAAUUUUUAUAAUUAUUCUUACACGAUGAGUUCAGAAUUUUAACUUGUUUUUCAAUGCAUUUUAUUGCAUUUCACGCGAGUUCUCGUGUUACAGAGCAGAUAUAGUCUCCGACGAUGCUGAGAGGAGAGCGAGAACGAUUCCAGCCGCGUUGAUCGCUUAGGAUAUAUCGCUUUCAUUAUCAUAUUAUCGCACCGCAGUAUUUUACUUCUUACUUGACUUCUUUUCCUGCAAACGUGUCUGUUUGCGUUCGGAUGACUGCCAUAUAUUUUAAGAGCCACACUAACUUGGGACAUAACAUUAUAUAAACUAGCUUUUAACAAAUUGUUAAAUAUGCAGCGCCCUAAGGGAAUAUCGCAUUGAAGAAUUAUAAAGAAAAUGUAAUAACUAACAAGAGAGAGAAAGAGAGAGAGUUUCCCCCAUCUCCUGUCCCCGACCCCCUUACACGAUCCCGUAUAUCACACAAAUUUGCAGAAUUGCAAGAGUAUUUAAAAAUCUCCGGACUCGCGCGCGCAAAUGAUACAGUUUGUAUUAAGUGAGGGCUUACGGUAAAUUAUUAUAGCCGUGUUAUAUCAUUGUUGCGAAUCACUUGUGUCUCACUUGAUUCCGACUCGACGUUUGGCGUGACACGCGGACUAUAUACAUUGCUCUUUUGCAAUUGUUAACUUUUUUUUUUAGAUAUUUAUCAUGUUUAUUUUGUUUUCUCUUUCUGCCUAGAGUAUAAAGAUCGGAUUCUAGGAGCUCCUGCGCUUCGGAAAAAUUUUUUUUAGCUUGGCACACUUUAGAGGAACCGUAAUGGUUUUUGGUAACGCGCGAGAGGAAAUGUUACGUUUUACUCGUUUCUCAACUCGAUGCGACUCGAUCAAUCAAUCGAUCCGGUGUGUACUUUGUCUCUUCGAAAUGUAAUCUACAAUAAUCACCUCAAUUCUGUGACUCACGUCAGAUAUUUCGGAUAUUUAAGUUCGUAUAGAAAUUGCAUUGUCAGAGCUAAGCUUAUUACGAGACUUGUAUAUACGGAGCUAUAUACACGCGUACACACAAAAUACAUACACACAUACAUACGUACAUUAUGUCCGCGAGAAUAAUUCUAAUCAAAACGAUCGUACACCCGCUUUUAUAAUUUCGUGCAUGUGCAUUUAGCGAAGAACAUUGAAUUGAAUAUCAGAGUCGCAUUGCUAAGCAAACACAACAUUUGGUAUGUCAUAGCUAUGUGUUUUAUAUAUAAAUAUAUCUAUAAAUAUAUAAAUACAGAACGAUGAAGAGCAUUAAAUUAUAAGAAAAAUAAAAAUUAUUAUAAUAGAUAAUAUAUAUAUAUAUAUAUAAAAUAAUUGUCGAAUUUUUGACAUGAUUCUUUUCGUUUUAAAACGAUCUUCCCCGUGCAUUUACAAUAAGGAAAACGCCCAUCUGGGCGGCGUUCUCGAGAUACAUUAUCAGCGAUUAUCAGCGAUUAUCAGCGAUUAUCAGCAAGAUUAAAUAAAGACUCCUUCGAGCAUUCACCCGACGGGGUCGCUUUAAUACGAAAAGAAGUUGCAAUAUGCAUCAUUAAAUACUCGCAUAAAUUAAACGUUUGGUUGUACAUUUCAGAUUGUUAUCUCCUCGAUACGUUAGAACGCAUUUGCGGCGCAGUAUCUUUCUCUAGCGAAAAGAAAAAGUACUCCGUUUCCUUUAUACCUACAACGCUACGCCGUAUACUUCUAUUGGCUCUAUCGAUAUCCCGUCUUCGCUUGUGUAAAACGGAUUUGAUAUCUCUCGCUUCAUUCCUAUCAUUGUCAUCGUGCGAGACGCGAGAAUGUAAUUGUACGCGCCGAUUACUUUACCCUCAAACUUCGUUAAGGCCAACGUGUAAUUUUUUAAUGUGCCUUUUUACAGCUUCGUUGAGAAAUAAAAUGCGAUCAAGUAUCAAGCGAUGAUUGGUGCCAGACCGUAGCGAGAAAACUUGACAGGCACGAGCGAACGCUCGUGAAUCGGCGAAGUGAGACUCGCGCGGCGAGUCGUCUCUCGACCCGUUCUCCUUCCGAUUCGUUCUAUUUAUCGCGAGCCGACCGUUUUUAAACCAUAGUCCGGAUGAGGCGAACGGGCGCGAACGAGCAAUUCGUUUCAAUAGCGAUUCGUCAUUGUACAAAUAGCAAUUUGUUCCUCGCGCUCGAAGGCAGCUUUGCUCGUUCGCGUUCGUUCGCGCUCGCGCUCGCUCGACCUGGAUCGCCGCUGUUCGCGCGAGCGGUUCGCCAAGUAUACGCGAUUACAAUAGCCGUGCGACAACGGCGCGUGACAACUGCGACAAAGUUGCGUUUGCGAAAUUGGUCCGCGUCGAGUGUCGAGGGAGCACGUGUCGGCAUGUGACAGCGCGAACGCAGCACGCGGCGUCUAUUUUCAACGGUAUCGAUUUCCGCGCGACGUGCGAAGCCGAGGAGGGCUUAAAAAAAAAAUCACUACGCCUCACGAUAACUCUCGCCCCAGUUACGUCGCGAAUUAUCGAAUUAUCGGGGAUGAAUGCGCCCGGCGAAACGAUUCUCCGCGCGCGUGUCUCCGAGCGGAUGGUGGAAUCCGUCGAUUUAUCACUGUGCACACGAGAGGGAACGCGAGUUUUAUAGAUUCUUACGAGAAAAGAGAGAGAAAAAAACAAAGAGACUGACAGAACGUAAUCGUCCGUGGGCGCAACAAAGCCCGUCCGCUUCUCGCUUCCUCCACCUUAAUUGUCUCUCUCGGGGUGAGCAAGGUAAGAUAUCGGUCCCCGGAAGGACGCGCUCCGCGAGGAAAUCAUUUCAGAGGGGAGAUCGGUCUUCGUUUCGAAAACACGCUCUCUGUAGCAUUUUGAUGCGACUGGACGAAAGAUUCUUGUUGCCGGCGACAACCGUGACAAAGGUCACAACGGAUGCGGAAUUGGUGCAGGAGCAUACGCUCGGGCUAUGAAGGCGAUCAGAGCAAUAAGCCGAUACGCACACGAUAUGCAAAUAUACAUAUGAUAGAAAUAAUUCGGUAAUACGCUUUAGUCACGUUGAAUGUUUCGACCCAGUGCUUGGGAUCCUCUUCAGUAAUGGCAGAUCGGAGAGUCGGACUUUAAAUAUCGCUAUUCGCAAAGUCGGGCAGGAGACAAAAUUACUCGCGUUGCAGUCGGAGUUUACAUUGUCGUUAUAUCAAUAAAGAUGAAUCCACUAAGUAAA